GCUGGCGGUCUCAAUGGCGUCGCGUCGGGGGCGCUCAUCCUGCUGGAGGGCGUGGACCCUACUGGCAAGACCACGCAGGGCCUCAGGCUGGUGUCUGCACUGUGCGCUUCGGCCUACAGAGCUGAGCUGCUGCGUUUUCCCGAAAGAUCAACAGAAAUCGGCAAACUUCUGAGUUCCUACUUAGAAAAGAAAACGGAACGAGACCACUCGGUGCACCCUUUUUCUGCAAACCACUGGGAACAAGUGCCAUUAAUUAAGGCGACGUUGAACCAGGGUUCAACUUGA